AUGUCUUCUGGAGAACUUCGAAAAGUCUCAGUUCAAGAAAUACAGCUGGUUCAAGAUCUUAUAAAAAGGUGUCUUCAGCUUUACAUGAGCCAGAAGGAAGUUGUGAAUACCCUCUUAUACCAUGCAAAAAUCGAGCCCAGUUUCACUGAACUCGUGUGGCAAAAACUCGAAGCAGAAAAUCAGGAAUUUUUCAAGGCAUAUCAUCUGAGGUUAUUGGUGAAGGACCAUAUUUUGCAAUUCAAUGACUUGCUUGAGAGACAUGUUGAGCUAAUCCACCAAAUAUGUCCGACUGAAGUUUGUCUCGUUCCUUUGUCCAAUGAAUCUCAGAUAAUGCACAAUAACUCAGAAUAUCAUUCCCUGGAACGUGGACCUUCUCCGAGGCAAGAAAACAUGUACCAAGCUAUUUUAACCGUACCUAAUGCUUACACUGAUAUUGCAAGUGGAACAACCCUACAACCACAGGUACAAGUUGUGGCCAAUAGGGCAGCUCAUACUGGAAAUAUUGAUAUAUCAGAAAACGUGCUAUUGGCUCAGAGCUCAAAUGCAGAGUGGACACAAGGAAUGAAUGAUGAGAUUAUUAAAUCAGAAUGUGAGCAUACAGGUGAUUCCUUGUUCAUGUUCGGUGCUGAAAGAAAUCUUCAAGAAGCUCUUCAAAAUAUAGGGGAUGCAUCUUUUUCUCCUUUCAGUAGUGUAGAUUCGGUUUCACUGCCGAUAAAUGAGACUAUCUUGGACCCUGAGCUGAAUUCAUUUGGAUUCUUGAGACAGAUUCCCAGAAACAUAAGUUUUUCUGACUUGACAGCCGAUUUCUCAAAUAGUACGGAUAUUUUAGAGAGCUAUUCUAGAUCUCCCUUUCUUGGAACGGAUACAAGCUUCAUGGAUCCUAGUAUUCUGGGAGAACUUCAAGAUAUUGAGAGGCUGGAUACAGUAUCAGAGGGCUAG